CCAAAACCAUCCGUGCGACGUACGGAGAAUUUCGAUGAUCUCACUCCGACCGGCCGGACCCUUUCUCCCUCAUUGAAGUUUUUAUGUGGAGCAGAAUUGGCUAAAAACAAAAGACAUUUAAGUAAGUGAACUAAUUUCUUUUAUCACACGUAAAAGAACAGAGGAAGUAACAACGAUGUUAUAUUGGGAUAACACGGAAACAAAUAAUGGAGGAGAUAGGGGGCGCUGACCAUCAGUGGUUUAAAGAUAGCUAUCAUUAGCUGGCUAGCUACCUAUGUUGGCGAAAGGAAAUGUUAGCCAUCGAGCUAGUUAGCAAGCUAAAAGGAAGUUCUCAAAAUGCUAGGAUAGAGAGCUAACCCUAAUUUAUCUGGCCUUGCUUGCCAAGAGCAAAGAGCCACGGUCCAUGGCUUUUGACGAAGAAACUGAAAUAAGGUGUCACAGAACAACCCUCUGUUACUUUCAAUUUGACACAAACCAUUUUUAUGUCCGCGUCCGCACUGAAUGGGAAGAUUUUGGCGGUAGCACUUCUUCCUAUUUCGAUGUUCGUUUACUAGCAGCUAAAAUUGGCUAGCUAGCGACAGCAGGCUAACUAAUGAUAGCGAGUUGUCUCAAAAUGGCUUCCUCGAUUGUGUAGCGAGCUUUUGUGAAUGAAUGUGUGGGAGUCCAUGUCUCUCACAGCCGUAUACACGUACACAUGUGUAGUUACGAAAAUAUUAUUUCAUGACAUGAAUUGUUCUACUACUUUACCUAUCCACAUUUUCAGUGUAAGCUAUCAAAUUAGAUAUGGUAUUUUAUUUCUGCUGUCUGUCGCUAACUGUUAACGUCAUUCAACUCUCCCCACAUCCGAACGUUCACCUGUCGUUCAACACUGGCUAACGUUAUCUCUGCUACCGUACAGGGGCCAAACAAAUCAGAUUUACAUCUGUUUACCUAAACAAAUCACUAUUUCGCUUUAACAUUCACCUUUGUCUUCCUGAAUGGUAUGUUUAGAGUGAUUUUAUUUACAGCUAUUCUGUUAUCAUAAGGUAACGUUAGUCAAACUGAGUCAUAACGUUACAGCUCGUAGUCAUCAUGACAUGAAUUCCCCAUCGGGGAUAUUGUACACUGUGUGUAACUGUAGGCAUCCUGCCACCUGGUGGCAUUCGUUUCUGUCCUUUUAACGUUACCAUUGACUUCGGUGGCAUUUCUUUUUUUAUAUAAAUGUCCUCUGCUCUGCUGUUUAUUCUAUUUCAGUGAAUCCUACCAAGUAGCCCACUCCUAUGAAAAGCUUGGAAAUUAAUGUGGUAAGAAAAAAUGAGAACAGAGAUGGAAAUUGUCUCACGCGGGCUUAUCUUUUUUGUAAUGGUGCUAUCCAAAAAAUAAUAUGGUGUUAGUUGCUCAUUCAUUAUCGUGUAUUAGGAUUGUUUGUGAGCUUAAGUGCAGUAGUUGCAUUAUCUAUAGAUAGAUAUCUAUAGUUGAUAGUGUGAAAACCAUAUAUUGCUUUAUUAGUUAUUAGUUGGGGAAGUUUAUGACAGAGUAACAAUAAUUUGUUUUGCAACAGGUAUUAAAAAGGAUAUAGUAUAUUUAUCAAAUGUUUGUGUGUGUGUGUGUGUGUGUGUGUGUGUGUGGUGACAGUAUUUCACAUAAGACAUAAGCCUAAGUCAUGACACAAGUUGUGUGUUUUGAUGUCAUCUCAUGUUGAAAUAUUGCUGUUGUCACACAGUAAGCAUAUUUUCUCCCUUUUAUCUGUUAUUUCAGGAGGAGGACGUUUUUGUAGGGUGUAGGCAUGCUAAUCUGUGAUUUUUGUGAGGCUUGUGUCUGAUUUAUGUUGCAGAUUGUUGGACUUCAAAACUACCGCCUUGAAAAAGGGGUGUUGUAACAUGAUUAGGUCAUAAUCCUAUCCUUUAGUUGUAAUAAGCAUGACAUUAACUACACUCACUUACACCUUUUUGUCACUACUGAUUUUUCUUUUUAUAGGUUUAACUUAAAUUGAACAUUUCUCACAAGGUGUGUGUGUGUCUGUGUCUGUGUGUGUGUGUGUGAGAAAGAGAGAGAUGUUGUGAUGAGUAUGAACACUAAUGUAAAGCAUAUCUUCUGUUCUAGCUCAAACAAAUCCCAAAUCACACACAUUACACACAAUUUGCGACUCCGUUUUCACUCUGUCCUCUCCUCUUCCUGGAUAUUGGCGCAUGGGCUGGCUACCUCCUUUGCUCCCACAGGUUUAUUGUCGUCAUGGUUGUGAAGUCAUGUACAGAUUGCGCAAUCUUUAUUUUGUCUGCAAUAAUACUGCAAGUGCUUCAUUGUCAGGUACCACCUUCGUGACCUGCAGAGAACGCUCGGCACAUGUGCUUGGGGAAGUCACUUUGGUGCAAAAAUGUUCUAAAAAUUGUUCGUUCGUUUCAAGCAACGUGUUGAUUGGUGCAGUUGACCCUAUAUGUUAUUUUGUGUCAUUGGUACACAGAUACAUUGGAGGACAUAUCAGUGGAUCACCCCAAGUCAUUUUUGAGAUUAGAGGGCAGCCCAGAAUGGGCGGGGAGAGGGCGGGCCUUAGGCUGCCCGGUGCUCGUACUAAAGUACGGGGGCGUGGCAGAAGGAGCGCGAGGGAAAGAGCCGCCGUGCUCUGGCCUGUGCCUCGUCUCAGGAAAGGUAGAGCACUGCUGCCUCGUAGACGACAAAAACCCCCAAACAAACGCAUCAAACCUCAGAAGCGCAGCAUGUUUCAGAAGGGCACCAAGCGAAAGUUUGCGGACGCAGGCGGCGAGGAGGAGGAGGAGGAAGAGGCAGCGCUGAGGACCGGCGUGGGCAUCGGUGUCGGGGCGCUAGCGGGCGAGGACCCCAUGAGCCUGCGGCUACUCUCGUCCUACAGCCUGCAGAGGCAGACGCUGCUCAACAUGUCCCUAGUGAAGCUGCAGCUGUGCCACAUGCUGGUGGAGCCCAACCUGUGCCGCUCCGUGCUCAUCGCCAACACUGUGCGCCACAUCCAGGAGGAGAUGACAUAUGACCUCACCUGGCAGGUAGGUGCGGCAGCCGAUGCCCUGAGCCAUGCCCACGCUCAGGCGGAGUGUCUGGCCGCCUCCGAUCGCCUCUGUCGCUCCGCCCUCACGGAGGAAGAGCCAGAGCAGCAGCCAGCCACGCCCUUCAACGCCAUUGGCUACGAGGGCUGCGACGAGGACGAGGAGGAGGAAGAGGAGGUGGUGGUGGACGAGGACGGGGACGUGCCACUGACGUCCGUGGCGUCGUCCGGCCCAUUCCUGCCCGGCAGGCUGGGCGCGAGCGCGGGCAUGGGGGUGGGCGCGGGCCUCGGCCCCCGCUGGCAAGGGGAGCCCAUGUGCCACCCGGAGGAGAUGGAGGACGCCGACGACUUCGGCAAAGGCAGCGGCGACGCCGACGACGAAGACGAGGAGGAGGAGGAGGACGUGGCGGCGUAUGACAGGACAGUGGCCGCCGGGGCGGCGCACGGCGACCGGCUGGCCAAAACCACGGAGCAGAUCUUCAGCCCGUUGUUCGAGACGAACAGACCCACGCCCGUCCCCGAAGCAGCGCUCGAGGAGCUUUUCUCGGAUGUGGAGGCGUCCUACUACGACCUGGACUCCAUGCUGACGGGAAUGCAGGGGGCAGCUGCAGCUGGCGCUGCUAGCGGGGGUGGGGGUGGGGGCGGAGGGGACACGGGGGUCGGGGUACCCAAGGGGACCUCCUUUGAGCUGCUGGAGAGCCUGAACUCCAGCCACACCCAGACCCACACGCAAACCCCCCUCAACCCCACCGCAGGCUGCAGGCCGGACCUCAGCGAGCUGGACCACAUCAUGGAGAUCAUCGUCGGCUCUUAAGACAAGCACAGCCAACCGAUCAAGACUGGGUAGUUUUAUGAGUGUGUGACGUGCGUGUGCGUGUGCGUGUGUGUGUGUGUGUGUGUGUGUGCGCGCUUGCGUUUGUGCACAUGCGUGCGUGUGUUUGUGUGCGCGCGUGUGUGAGUGUGUGUGUGUGUGUGCACGUGCGUGCAUGUGUGUGUCUGUGUGAAUGGGGAUGGCUUUAUUCGUACAGCCCUGCCCACAUGGAUUGUAUGAAAGGACAAAUGAGAUGCACCAUGAUUUUAUUUUACUCUUUUUUUUUUUUUAUACAAACUGAGAUUAAGCACGUAUGCUCUAUUUUUCAUAUCUUUUUAUAUAUGUUUUCUGUCUCCUGGUGUAUGUUUUUACUUUUGUUUAUUUAUUGUUUUGUAAUUUAUUGUUUAUCAUCGGACAGUGAAUUUACACUACAUAAAUUGAAUCUCAUAAAGUUGUAUAUGUGGAGAACAACAAAGAUAUUAAUAUUUCUCCUUAAUGAGCGACCAGAUAAAUAUAUGUCCCAUCCAGCAAGUAGAAACAUGUUUGUCUUUGUUUGUUUGUUUGUAAGUAUAUAUGUAUGUAUGUAUGUAUGUAUGUUUGUGUGUGUGUGUGUGUGUGUUUGUACGUGUGUAUGUUGAACGUCAACACGAUGCAAGGCCUGUGUACUGUUAUGUGUGCCCAGAGAAUGAGAUGGACACUGCCCAAUUAGCAGCAGGUUCUGGAAUGGACACUGCCCAAUUAGCAGCAGGUUCUGGAACUGACCUCGCCCACAUCUGAUCCAGAAUCAGCUGUACGGGAGGUGAUCUGUUCUAUCAUCAUCCACUGUCAGUUUUGAAGGGGAGUCUGCAAGGACGGUUGCCCUCCUGCUUCAAGUAUCAAGCAAUGCAAUUAUUGUUUUUUGCAAUUAUUGUCCCCCCCCCCCCACACACACACAGAGAGUAGUUAGCUCCACAGACUUCUCUGCUUCAGAUGGCAUAUAACAGUCCACCUUCUGCAGAAGGCUUUCAGAAGACUGUGCAAUACUCAUGAGUAAACAUUUGGGGAGAUCCUAAAGUGUCAGUGCAGAGAAUGCCCUGUAGUUUUCAGAAAACACAAGUGAACUCAUUUCUGGAUGCCUUGUUGGUUCAACUACUACAGUGCCCCAAAUUCCAUCUUCUUUUUGCGGUUUGAUUUCAGAUCAACUGCCCCAGCUCUGGAGACCUAUGGGUGAUCCUCAGAUCAUAUGUUUUAUUUAGAAUAUGUCUUCAUUCUAUGGAGAAAGGGAUAGUCUUUUAACUUGGUUACAAUUAACAUAAAACAUUUGAAAGAAUGGCGAAUUUUAAAGUAUUUAAACUGUUGCCUCUAAAAAGCGCCUGUUAACUUUAUGCAGUUGGAGGCCAUAUUUUAUUAUUUUUGUAUUGUUAUUUUUUACAAAAAAAAUGAUACUGAUGUGAAUCAUUUUAUCUGUAUUAUGUGGUUGCAUUAAGAGGUACAAAACAUUCUGCUUAUUUUUAGAUUGGAGUCAUGCAUGAGGUUACGCUUCUCCCCACCUUGUCUUCUCCAGAGAUCAGCAUUCCAUUCAUUCUUUGGAGUGCACCGAUGCGUCAGUUGUAUUAUUAAUUUCUCCGAUAUUCCGCUCCGUGUUGGUUAAGCGUUGCCGCCUUCAGAAAAGUUACUUUAGCAAUGAUUAUGUCCUGUGCUUAAGGAUGACUCCAGAUAACAUGUUAUGAUCACCGAUUCUGUGUGCCAUCUAACUAAGAAGGAAUUCUACCACUUGUAGGUCAUCAGUAACUGUAACACCACCGAAUGAUGUCAGGUCCAACAACAAAGACAGUAUGAAUUUUUAUAUUUCUAUGAAGAUUGUAUAUUGUAGCAACUUUGUAAAUAUUUUUUAAAAAUAAACUUUUGCAUUGCUA